AUGAAUGAGGCCACAGUGUUUUUGGGGACCUUCAGUGCUGCAGACAUUUUUUGCUUCUAUGCUGACUUUGGACCCCUGAAUCUGGGCAUGCUGUACAGGUACUGCUGUAAACUGAACAAGAAGCUCAAGUCCUUCACUCAUUCCAGAAAGAGGGUGAUUCACUACACCAGCUAUGACCAGAGGAAGAGGGCCAAUGCUGCAGUACUUAUUGGUGCCUAUUCUGUGAUCUAUUUGAAGAGAAGCCCAGAGGAGGCCUACAGGAGCCUCAUCUCAGGAAACAAUACUGCAUAUCUGCCUUUCAGGGACGCUGCUCUCGGAGACUGCACGUACAAUUUGACCAUCCUAGACUGUUUACAAGGAAUACGAAAGGCCCUGCAAUGUGGAUUCUUCAACUUUGAGACAUUUGAUGUGGAAGAGUAUGAGCAUUACGAGCGAGUGGAGAAUGGAGACAUGAACUGGAUUAUUCCUGGGAAGAUUUUGGCCUUUAGUGGACCUCACCCAAGAAGCAAGAUAGAGAAUGGAUACCCUCUCCAUGCUCCAGAGGCCUACUUCCCGUAUUUCCAGGAGCAUCAUGUAACUGCCGUGGUGCGGCUCAACAGGAAGAUCUACGACGGACGGCGGUUCACUGACGGAGGCUUCGAGCACCACGACCUGUUCUUCGUGGAUGGAACCACGCCCAGUGACCUCAUCACACGACGCUUCCUCCAUGUGUGUGAGAGCACUGAGGGCGCUGUGGCUGUCCACUGCAAGGCGGGUCUGGGUCGUACGGGGACUCUGAUAGGUUGUUACCUGAUGAAGCACUAUCGUUUCACAGCGGCUGACGCCAUCGCCUGGAUCAGGAUCUGCAGGCCUGGAUCCAUCAUCGGACCUCAGCAGGAUUUUCUAGAAGAUAAGCAGCACAGUAUGUGGGUGCAGGGUGACAUGCAUCGCACCAAACAGAAGCAGCAGCAGCGUCGCCAGCGGCCAAAGCUGGACCAGGAAGUGACUUGCCUCGUCUCCAGCAUGGACGACCUGUCAAUCAACACCGUUCUUUAUAAGUCCUUCAGCCUGGAUGAGAAUAACUACAGGGAGUGUCUGACCCAAGGAGAUAAACUCAGGGAUUUGAAAGGCCGUCGCUCAUCCAGGUCUGCCACCACUUCACGGUUGAAUUUGACAAAGACCAGUCAGACCUCUAUCACCCCUCCCAAGUGUUCCAGGCUAUCUCAGGUCCCUGUCCCCUUCUCCUCCUCCUCUUCUCCCAAGAGGCUGGUGCAAAGCUCCUCAUCAUCAGCUAGUAACCUUAAGAGUCCAUUUAGCCUGAGUAUGUUCACCUCUAAGGCUACUACCAUUCACUGAGCCCACGUUGAUCACUGACUUUUCAUCUUUGACCUUCCGACCUUCCAGUUGACCCCAGGAGACAGGAGGUUAACACCCUCAACCGCUGGAGAAAUGUGCACGAUAGUCUCUGUUAUAAAUGCACGUUAAAUAACAUUUAAUAAUAAAAAAAAUAAUAAUCUAAUCCAGCCCUGAGACACUCUGUAAAAUAAUAUUUGUAACAAUUGGAUUUGUAGACAUGAUCUCGUUUCAAUCAAUGUAAUUGUUUGAUUUCAAAAUGGGUUUAUUAUCAUUGUAAUUGUGUGCAAGGAGAAUGUUUAUCAUGGCUUUCUCUUUCUCUUAUUCAGUUAUUUAAUUGAUUUCCAUUGUUUGAUUGACGCUGUAAAAGAGGACACAUCCUACUGUACACUCAAUUGAUUCAUGAGUGGCUGUCUUAUGAGUGUUGUCAUUCAGGAGAUCCAUUUCUUUUAUGUAAAUACACAUUUGGAUUGUAACAGAAGUGACUCUGGUUGAGCACUUUUUUUUCUGACUUGUUUUUACGACUCUUGUUGACAGGCUCGAGACAAUUGUUUUGUUUGAAAUGACUUUAAG